UGUCACCAGGGGGCACACAGACAAAGCCUGUCCCCGCUCCGAGCCCCGCUCAGCCGCCGCCUCCCUCGCUCUGAUCCGGGAGGAGCUCGGGGAGAGCCCACGGAAAGUUUCCUGUAUUCUUCCCCCGCAUCGUGCCCGGAUCCCGAGCUGUGCCGCCCGGCUCUCCCCCCUCCCCUCUCCCGGCUCCCCCCGGUGUCCUGCCCGUCCCUGGCUGGGAGUGUUGUUGUGAGCGGGGAUCUAACAUGGCGACGGUGCCUGUGUACUGCAUCUGCCGCCUGCCCUACGACGUGACCCGCUUCAUGAUCGAGUGCGACGCCUGCAAGGACUGGUUCCAUGGCAGCUGUGUUGGUGUAGAGGAAGAUGAAGCGCCAGACAUCGACAUCUAUCACUGUCCAAACUGUGAAAAAACCCAUGGCAAGUCUACAUUGAAAAAGAAAAGAAGCACAAAACAAGACACGGGACAGGCAACAGAUGUCAAGCCAGUACAAAAUGGCAGUCAAGUCUUCAUUAAGGAACUCCGAAGUCGAACUUUCCCAAGUGCUGAGGAUGUGGUGGCUAAACUGAACGGCAAUCAGUUAACAGUGGAGUAUUUUGAAGACACUGGUUUUACAGAACCUAUUCAGGUGCCAAAGAAAGAUGGUCUUGGCCUUUCUGUACCCGCUCCCACCUUCUAUGUCAGUGACGUGGAGAAUUAUGUUGGUCCCGAGAGAGUAGUUGAUGUCACCGAUGUCACAAAGCAGAAAGACUGCAAGAUGAAGCUGAAAGAGUUUGUUGACUAUUAUUACAGUACUAACAGAAAAAGAGUACUCAAUGUCAUCAACUUAGAAUUCUCGGACACAAGAAUGUCCAGCUUUGUGGAAGCUCCGGAGAUAGUUAAAAAGCUCUCUUGGGUGGCAAACCAUUGGCCUGAUGAUGCCCUUCUAGCACAACCAAAAGUGACUAAGUAUUGUUUGAUAUGUGUGAAGGACAGUUACACCGACUUCCACAUAGAUUCUGGAGGAGCCUCGGCUUGGUAUCACGUAUUGAAAGGUGAAAAGAUAUUUUAUCUGAUCAGACCGACUUCAGCCAACAUCUCCCUGUAUGAACGCUGGCAAUCCGCUGCCAAUCACUGCGAGAUGUUCUUUGCAGAUCAGGUGGACAAAUGUUACAAGUGUACGGUCAAACAAGGACAGACCCUGUUCAUUCCAUCAGGUUGGAUCUACGCGACACUCACUCCUAUGGACUGCUUAGCAUUUUCUGGGCACUUCCUGCACAGCCUCAGCGUGGAAAUGCAGAUGAGAGCAUAUGAAGUUGAAAAAAGAUUGAAGAUCGUCAGUCUCACCCAGUUCCCAAAUUAUGAGACAGCUUGUUGGUAUGUGGGAAGACACCUUCUUGAGAAGUUCAAAGCAUUACAUAAGGCGGGGAAGCAGCCAGUACCACAUCUUGUCGUAGGGGCCAAAAUACUGAAUGGAGCCUUUAGAUCAUGGACUAAAAAACAUGCUCUCCUAGAACAUGAAGAUGAACUUCCUGAACAUUUCAAGCCAUCACAGCUCAUCAAGGACCUCGCCAAAGAAAUACGGUUAACUGAGAAUGCAUCAAAAGUUACCAAGACAGACAUUAGUGCCAACACCAUCCCAGAAGGCAACAAUGUUGUGGAGAAAAUCGAGAAAGAAGAACCUCCCUCGCCGGUGCCCGAAAGUCCACCGCCUAUAGAAAAAAUUACGAAAAAAAAGACUAAUAAGAGUGAAAAACUGUCAAAGCCCCCAAAACCGCCUAAACCCCCUAAAGAGGCAAAACCUCCUAAAAGUGCCAAACUACCCAAAACUCCAAAACCACCCAAACCUCCCAAACCUUCUAAAAAUAAGGAGGGAGGUAAAAAGAAGGCAAAGAAGGUGAAAGACUCACCAAUAUCACAACCAACCACUCCAGACCUCGAUGUUCUUGAGGCCCACACUAAGGAUGCUUUGAUUAAAGUUGACACACCAAAGAAGGGAACGGCCCCCAAGGAGGAGAUAAAUACCCCUAACAAGGAGGAGACGGCUAAGCAGAACAAUGAUGUGGAAAAAUUUGAAAUGCGGGAACAGAAUAAAAUCAAAACAGAAGCAAAGUGGAAAUAUAAG